UUGACAAGUGAAUAGUUGACGGCACGGCAUUCAAUUUAAUUAUUGACAAUUGCCUGUCAUUCUACUGGUAGCGAUUUUCGCCUUUUCGGCUAAAUAAUAAAUCUUAAUUUUACAGUAAUUUAUUGGAAGCAAGCUUCAUAAUAAGUUAAUCGUAUUUUUUAUAAUGGCAUCCGGGGAGACACAGACAUCUACAGACCAGCAAAGAAGAUGGUUACAUAUAAGAAAACUUUUGGAAAGGUCAGGGCCAUUCUGCCAUCCAGACUUUGAACCUUCACCAGAAAUCUUGGAUUUUAUAAUGGAGUCUUGCAAAAUCCUAAUUGUUGGUGCUGGAGGACUUGGUUGUGAAUUGCUGAAGGACCUGGCUUUGCUGGGUUUUAGGAAAUUACACAUUGUGGAUAUGGAUACCAUAGAACUUUCCAAUUUGAACAGACAGUUCUUGUUUAGAAAGAAUGAUAUUGGAUUGUCAAAAGCUAAGUGUGCAGUAGAGUUUGUGAAUAAAAGGGUGCCAGGUUGUGAAGCAAUUGCUCAUCAUUGUGCCAUCCAAGACUUGGAUGAGGGUUUCUAUCGGCAGUUCCACAUUGUUGUAUGUGGCUUAGACUCUAUUGUAGCGAGGAGAUGGCUUAAUGGGAUGCUGAUGUCCCUGUUGCAGUACAAUGAUGAUAGAAGUCUAGAUCAAAGCAGUGUUAUACCUCUAGUUGAUGGUGGUACUGAGGGCUUCAAGGGUAAUGCAAGGGUUAUACUGCCUGGCAUGAGUGCCUGUAUUGAGUGUACUCUUGAUCUUUACCCACCACAGAAGACUUUCCCUUUAUGCACUAUUGCUAAUACUCCAAGAUUACCAGAACAUUGUAUAGAGUAUGUGAAAGUAAUACAGUGGGCUAAAGAGAACCCUUGGGGCAGUAAUAUUGCUCUUGAUGGUGAUGACCCUCAGCAUGUAGCCUGGGUGUUUGAGAAGGCUCAAGAUAGGGCUAUGAAGCAUGGAAUAUCAAAUGUUACAUACAGAUUAACUCAAGGAGUUCUGAAGAAUAUCAUUCCUGCUGUUGCCAGUACUAAUGCGGCUAUAGCUGCUUGCUGUGCUUCUGAAGUUUUUAAACUGGCAACAUCAUGCUGUACAAGCAUGAAUAACUACAUGGUGAUGAACAUGGCUGAUGGUGUUUACACCUAUACUUUUAAUGCUGAGAAAAGACCUGACUGUGUAGCUUGCAGCAACUCCACACGGGUUGUGGAGAUAGAGCCACAAGCAACCCUGCAGAGUAUUUAUGAUAAACUUUGUGAAGACCCUGCUUAUUUAAUGAAGAGUCCAGGUAUAACCACAGUUAUAAACGGCCGCAACAAAACUUUAUACAUGUCAUCCAUAAAAAGCAUUGAAGAGAGGACUAGAGACAACUUAAAAAAGAAGUUAACAGAACUAGGAUUAUUCAAUGGAGCUGACAUAUUAGUGGCUGAUGUUACAACUCCAAAUACUGUUACAAUUAAGCUGAAGUUUGCUGAAUAUCAAGAUGUUGAAAUGACUCGUUAAAUAAUUCCAAUUGUGUUACGUAUUAAUGUAUUUAUGCACUUUUUUAAUAAACUUAUUUAGACUUUG